CGGGUGAGGCAUCCACCAUGGUGAGGCCCCUGAGCCGCUGCCCCCGCGCCCCCCCGGCCGCCGCUGCCUCCUGCCCCUCGGUGCUGCCGCUGCUCCUCCGCCUGCUGUUGCUCCUCCAUCUCCAGAUCGGAUCGCGGUGAGGGAAAGAUGAGCGAGGAGACGGCGACUUCUGACAACGAUAAUAGUUAUGCACGAGUGCGAGCUGUGGUGAUGACCCGGGAUGACUCAAGUGGUGGAUGGUUACCACUUGGAGGGAGUGGACUAAGCUGCGUCACGGUCUUCAAAGUCCCUCACCAGGAAGAGAAUGGCUGUGCUGACUUUUUUAUCCGUGGAGAGCGACUCAGGGACAAAAUGGUGGUUUUGGAAUGUAUGCUUAAAAAAGACCUCAUUUACAAUAAGGUCACUCCAACAUUUCACCACUGGAAGAUUGAUGACAAGAAAUUUGGCCUUACUUUUCAAAGUCCUGCUGAUGCUAGGGCUUUUGAUAGAGGCAUUCGAAGAGCUAUAGAAGAUAUUUCUCAAGGAUGCCCAACAUUUAAAAAUGAAGCUGAAGGAACAGAAGAUGACUUACAAGCAACUGAAGAGGACAGUUCCAGUUCUCUAGUGAAAGAUCAUCUCCAGCAAGAGACAGUUGUUACCAGUGAGCCGUACAGAAGCUCAAGACCUUCUGCCUUUGAAGAUCUGAAUGCCAGAAGAGUUUACUUGCAGAGCCAAGCCAAUCAGAUAACGUUCAGUCAUCCGGGCCUAGACAGUCAGAGCAGAAGUAUAGAAUAUGUACAACGACAAAUAUCCAAGGAAUGUGGAAACCUAAAAUCCCAAAAUAGGGUCCCUUUGAAAUCAAUCCGACAUGUCAGCUUUCAAGAUGAAGAUGAGAUUGUCAGAAUAAACCCUCGAGAUAUCUUAAUACGUCGUUAUGCAGACUACAGACAUCCUGACAUGUGGAAAAAUGACUUAGAGAGAGAUGAUACUGAUUCCAAUAUUCAGUUUUCUAAACCAGACAGUAAAAAAUCAGACUAUCUAUACUCUUGUGGGGAUGAAACUAAGUUAAGUUCACUCAAAGACUCUGUGGUAUUUAAGACACAGCCUUCCUCAUUAAAAUUUAAGAAGUCAAAACGAAGAAAAGAAGAUGGUGAACGUUCCCGCUGCGUAUACUGCCAGGAAAGGUUUAAUCAUGAAGAAAACGGCAGGGGAAAAUGUCAGGAUGCUCCAGACCCUAUUAAAAGAUGCAUAUAUCAAGUUAGUUGCAUGCUCUGUGCAGAGAGCAUGUUAUAUCAUUGUAUGUCAGACUCAGAGGGAGAUUUUUCUGAUCCCUGUUCAUGUGACACUAGUGAUGACAAGUUCUGCUUGCGAUGGUUAGCCCUAGUAGCUUUGUCCUUCAUCGUACCAUGUAUGUGCUGCUAUGUCCCUUUGAGAAUGUGCCAUCGUUGUGGCGAGGCGUGUGGGUGCUGUGGUGGGAAGCAUAAAGCUGCUGGGUGAAAGAAUCCCGUGCCAAAAUGAGCUUAAAAUCUUUGUUUCCAGGAAUUAGCUAACUUGUAUUUGUGGAAGCUUUUGGCAAGCAAUAUGAAAUCUUGCCUGGUCUCAUUGGGGCCACACAUGGAGGAAGCAGAACUCGUUAGUUCUUGGCAUUUCACAAACGCUAGCCAUGCCUAACUUUCUCCCUUCAGUGCAUGGCAUGUUUUGUUACAGGUUGUAAAGAGUAUUUGCAAAAGGAAACCAUUUCUGGUUAUUGGCUAUACAAAGUGAGCAUAAAAUAUCCAACUUAAAAGGGAUUAAUUUUUGGCAUUUUUGUAUAUUUAUGCAUUAGCUGAUGGGACUUUUAAAGGUUUGAAUUCAUUAAGACAUAAACUAAAAGUGCACUAGGGGACAGUUGUUUUCAAUCUAAGAAAAGUUAACACUUGGGAAUUAUAAGAAGUAAAACAAGUGCAACUAAAUCAUUUAUUAGUUGUUUUUUGAAAGCGGUUUUAUGUAUAAAUAACAAAUGUUUAUAUUUAACUAAAUAUAAGGUACGAAUUAUCACAUAUUAAACUUUUCUUCCCCUUCCUAGUUCUGAAGUAGAUGUACAUAUAUCUACUGUCACAUUCCAUUAUAUUUUGAAUAUUUUACUCAUCUAGUUAAUAAUGUUUUUAUUCCAUGUGAAUGAUUUGAUAUUUUCAUCCUCAUUUCCCUUUGGCUACAGUUUAUAUUGAGUUCUAUCUGUACAUUCUGGUAAUCUAAAAUCUUUAAAAAUAUUCUAAUAGCCUUGAGUGACCAAUUUUUUUUUUUAAAGCACAGAUGUAAUUGUCUAAUGUUCUGAUGGGAACGUAACACUUAUUUUUAUAUAAAAAGAGACUGAGUAAACAUUAUAGAAAAAAGUGAGGUUUUGGGGUUGUUUUGUUUUUUGUGGUAUUCAACCAGCAAGUUGUUUUCUUUAGAGUUUCCUCCUUCAAAAAAAUCACAUUGCAUUUACAAAUGUUUUACAAGGCAAAAAGUGUAACUGGAUAGUUCAUGUAAAAGUUUCCUCCUGAGAUCUCCAUUUAUCACUCUGCUAAACUAGACUGUGUUCAGCUGUGUUAAUUUUUUAGCUUAAUUCUCAGUGCUUAUUAUUCACAUAACAAUAACUUUUCCCAGUUGCAUUUUACUUUAUUUAAACUUGC